GUGCGUCUGCCUGCAGCGGCUCGACGGCUGGCCCCAGGGGCGCGGCCGCCGCCUGGCCGACCUCCCGGGCGCGAGGGGGCCCGACGUGUUCCUGAUCAACAUGCGGCUGGAGGAGUACGGCCGCUUCCUGUGGCGCUCGGGGGCCGCCUUCUACAAGCUGCCCGAGACGAUCCAUGCAUCCUCGGGGGUCCACGGGGAGCUUCGACUUUCCAUCGGGAGUGCGUGGGGCGUGGGCUACGGCUGGCUGGAACAGGAGCCUGGAAGCCAUCGCAUCGCCAUGCACGUAACCGUCUUGAGGCUCUUCGUCGCGCUCGCGCUCCUCUGGAGUUGGCCACGUGUCAGGGCUUCGCUGGCCGCGGACUGGCGAGUCAUGAUGAGGUCCGUGGAGUUUCUUGGUGUUGACAGGGUAGAUUGCCUGCUGACGUCUGGCAUGGC